AUGGGCGAACCAAUCCCUGUACGAUCCAAGAAGUUCAACACUGAGCUGACGGACUACUCGGUUUCCCACCAAGAGAAGACUGGUCCUUAUGCCGAGAACCUCGAGGUUGAUGCCUUGGUUGUUGGUGCCGGCUUCGCUGGUAUCUUCAUGCUCAAAACCCUCCGAGACCGCGGUUACAAGACUGUGAUCUUCGAGGCUGGAAAUGACACUGGAGGCACCUGGCGCUGGAACUGCUACCCCGGCGCCGGUGUUGACUCUGAGGUCCCCGAGUAUGAGUUUUCUUGGCCCGAGGUUUGGAGUACAUGGAAUUGGCCAAGCAACUAUCCCACGUACGCAGAUCUGCGAGACUAUUUCGACCAUGUCGACAAGGUAGUCGGCAUCAAGAAGGACUGCGCCUUCAACACUGUUGUUGUUGGUGCGGAUUUCGACACUGCCACCGGCAAGUGGAAUGUGCGCACCGAAGAUGGUCGCAUCACGAAGGCCAAGUACUUGGUUCUUGGAACUGGAUUUGCCGCACGACGAUAUAUCCCUGACUGGCCAGGAAUGGACAAGUUCAAGGGCGUCAUCCACCAUUCCUCAUUCUGGCCAGACGAGAAAGUAGAGGUCAAGAACAAGAAAUGCGCCGUCAUCGGUACUGGCGCAUCCGGAGUCCAAAUCGUCCAAGCAUGGGGCCCCGAGGCCGGCCAGGUCAAGGUCUUCCAACGAACUCCCAAUCUCGCCGUGCCAAUGCGGAAAAAGGUCCUUACCGUCGAGGAGCAAACGCGGGCUAAGAAGUUCUACCCCGAGCUGUUUAGGUACCGCGAAAGGAACUUUGCUGGGUUUCACUAUGACUGGUAUGAGAAGAACACGUUUGACGACACCCCCGAGGAGCGAGAGGCCUUCUACGAGAGGGUCUGGGCCGCCGGUGGAUUCCGCUACUGGGUCGCCCUGUACAAGGACAACCUCAUCGAUGCUAAGGCCAACGAGGAAUCGUACAAUUUCUGGGCCAAGAAGACUCGCGAGCGCAUUGGCGACCCCAAGGCGCGAGACUUGCUUGCGCCGCUGAAGAUGCCUCACUACUUUGGCAUCAAGCGACCCUGCCUCGAGUAUGACUACUACGAACAAUUCAACCGACCCAGCGUUGAUGUUGUCGACAUAAAGAACAACGCCAUCAAGGAGUUCACCGAGACGGGUAUUACUCUUGAAGAUGGAACUCACCAUGAGUUUGAUGUCAUUGCUGUGGCGACCGGAUUCGACAUUGUGACUGGAGUGAUGACACAACUCGGUCUGAAGAGCAUCAACAACACCAGCCUCCAGGAAGAGUGGAUUCCUGGAGCCAAGACAUACCUCGGUACCACCGUCAGUGGCUAUCCCAACAUGUUCCACAUCUACGGUCCGCAUGGCCCAACGCUCCUCAGCAAUGGACCUACCACCGUUGAAGUACAGGGCCGGUGGAUUAGCGAUUGCAUCGAAAAGAUGAGCUCAAACGGCAUCAGGUAUCUUAACCCCAAGAGUGAGGCAUCCGACGCUUGGAAGAAGCAAAUCAUCGAUAUCAACAACGGCAUGCUGUUUCCGACGACCCACUCGACGUACAUGGGCGGAAGCAUCCCCGGAAAGGUCUUCGAGCCGGUUUGCUUCCCGGGUGGAAUUCCCGAGUAUGUCAUUCAGCUUCGAAAGGCUCUCGAUACCUUGGACGGCUUUGAGGUGGUCAAGAAUUAG